UAACCAUAAGUCUGAUAUUCUAUCAGAAAACAUUAAUAUUUUAUUUUCAUAUAGGCUGCAAUGGCAAUGGGAAGCCAUGUCCCUCAAAAAAGAAAGAGGACUAAGAGAGGGAAAGCAGUCACAAGCGCAGCGGCCACAAGUAACAGACCUUCUGAAGUUCAAGUGAUCACAGUGUCUGAGGAAGUCCCUCAGAUCGAAGAAGAGAUGACUGCAAGUCUUGAAACGUGUCUUCAACAGCUGAGGGACACUCUUGACUCAGUUGAGGUUAAUGUGGCAGCUGAAAAAACAGCAUGGGCACAGCGGCAGCUACACGCUGAUACAAGGGCAAAAGCAGCAAGGCCAGUGCUGCUCGAUGCUAAACUGUCCGCUGAAAGAGACUUCUACCAAAAAUGUCACAGGUGCGGUGCCGUAGAGGCAGUAAUUAGGUGCCUGGAUUGUGUGCCACUGGACAUGGAGUAUCUAUGUGGAGGAUGCGACAUGGAGGCUCACAAAAAGAAUAUGUUCCAUGGCAGGGAGGCACUUUUCCAUGGCUACCUGGAGCCUAUUCCCCCCACAAAGGCUGUGGUGAUGGGUGAAAACGGCCAGCCUCACUUUUGUGAGCAGAUAUGUCAGUUGCCAUUGCCCGCACAUAGGACACUAUGUGAGUGCACCUAUGAGAUUGAGGUCACCUCUGGCAAGCAUAUUUCUGUGGUCACCAUGAAUGGGCGAUAUGAUGUCUGUUUGCCCCGUAAAGUUUGUCCUACCUGCCUUGUGGAAUGGACCCCAGGGGUGAAAGAGCUCCUCAGUAUCGGCUCCUUCGAUGUCAAGGCAUGCCUUUCUAAAGCUACUGGAGCACCGUUCUGUUCAGGCUGGAAGGGUAAAUCGGCUUGA